GGACAGUGAGGAUGAGAGCCUUGAUGAAGAAGACCAAGAAGAGGAAGUUAGUGGGGCUAUUAUUCAUGAUAAUUUUGAUCCUUUUGAGGCUGAGGUUAUUUGAUGAUGGCGAUGAUGAUGAUAAUUACUUCAUGAGGUUGUACAGAAAUGGAGAGUUAUACAAAGAUGAGGAAUUUGGGGAAAUUAUUCUUAAGUCUUGGCAAUUGUUUACUGACAAGCAGCAUUUGAGGGAUGUGGUAAGGGAUUAUUGCAUCCAAUGUGGUUUUUCUGUGGUAGUUGAUAGGGCAACAAACUUGAGGUACACUGUACUUUGCUCUGCUGAAGGAUGUGAAUGGAGGUUGCAUGCAUCCAAGCUACCUGAUGGGAUUACAUGGGCUUAAGUCCAUAAAAAAUCCCGAGCAUACUUGCAGUGGGUUGGAUGUAAAUAACCCUAUGGUUAGUGCUUCAUGGGCAUCAAGAGUCUUGAUUGAAGACAUCCGGGCUAAUAAUGAUAUUUCUGCCAAAUCUUUAAAUGCCAUUCUAUUUCAAAGAUUUGGUGUUCAGAUGGCUAUAAGCACACUAUACAGGGUUAAGCAUAAGGCAUUGGCUGAAAUUCAUGGUUCUCAUGAUGAGUCUUAUGCUUUUUUUACCCAAGUAUUGUGAGAUGAUCAAGUCAACCAAUCCUGGGUCAUUUGUAUUUUGUGCUUGGGUUCAGUUACAGGAGCAUGAAAAACCAUUGGUUUUUAAGAGCAUUUUCAUUAGUUUUAAAGGAGUUCUCGAUGGUUUAAAGGCCUGUAGAAGCUUGAUAGGGGUAGAUGGUGCACACCUUAAGGGAAAUUAUGGGGGUGUGUUGUUGUCUGCAGUAGCUUUAGAUGCCAACAAUGAGUUGUACCCUUUUGCAUGGGCGAUUGUAUCUGGAGAAGAUACCGACAAUUGGUGCUUCUUUGUGUGGAAUCUGAAGAACAUGUUGAAGGAUCUUGGAAGAGGGAACAGCUGGUGCAUAAUCUCAGAUCGACAGAAGGGGAUUAAUUUGGCAUUAACUGAGUUAUGGAAUGAAGCUGACAAAAGGUACUGUUGUAAGCACCUUGUGGCAAACUGGAAGAAAGCAUUCCCAGGGCCAUUAUUGUUUUCUCUUUUCUGGAAAUCAUGUGGUGCAUUCUCACCAUUUACCUUCAAGAAAGCCAUGGAACAACUUGACAAAGUUAAUCAAGCUGGGAGAAAAUGGCUAUCAAACUUAGGAGAUCAGACAAGGUGGACUAAACACAAGUUUAACACUGAGCUAAAGUGUGAUGUCAACAAAACAAAUUUUGUUGAAAGUUUUAAUGCGACUCUGGGACUGGACAGAUGUAGGCCCGUGUUGACCUUACUUGAAGGGAUUAGAAGAAACACUAUGGUUAGGAUCGCUUCAAGAAGACAACAAUGUGAAACUUGGGAGAGGUAAGACAUCUGUCCUAACAUUGCAAGAAGAAUCCAGAAGCUUAGUCAUGCAAGUAGGGACUGCAUCCCAUACAUGGCAGGGGAAGGAGAGUAUGAAAUCCUAACUGGCAAGUCUGUUCUCCCAGUUAGCUUAAA